GUGUUUGGUAUCCAGUUGUUCAGGGCGUGUUUUCUCAGUGCGGUGUAAACAAAUCGACUUAGGACUGUUUACAACACUUGAAUAUCAAAAUUAUAUAUAUAUAUAUUAUGAAUUAAAUCUUAAAUUUUAUGCUACAGCUAUAAAUAAUAAUAUAAUUAAAUCAAAAGUGAGUUCGAUGUUUCGCCAUUAAAAUAAUAACUCGCAAAUAUGAUGGAAGUUACACAGAACGUGGAGUUAAAGGAGCUGCCAACAGAUGGGGAAUUAUUGCGAAGCAUUGCCGCGGAACUUGAACAUGAACCUGAUGAGCAUGCCACCCCUGACAUUGAAACAGCGAUUUUAAUGCACAAAUCAACCGUAGAUGAACAAACACAUAAUGGCCUAGAAGCAGAUGACUUGGAUACGGAUAUUGAGGCGACGCCGCCUAUUAAUAGUAUCAGCAAAGAAGAAGAAGAAGUACCCGCUAAGGAGCGAGAUGCUGGCAGUGGUUUGGAUGCAUUGGAUGCGGUGCUGGUUAAAAUAAGUUCGAGCGUGGACUGUGAUCCCAAGGAUUCCAUCGAUGACGAGACCGAAGACCAAUCCAGUCCAGCGGAGAAAAUUGCCGUUGAAGAUAUCGAUAACAAGAUCGAAGGCAACGCUGCUACCGAUGAUUCUGGGGCGGAUGUGAUAGAGCAAAAGGAAGAAAAACACGAUAACAGCGUGGAGGAGAUUCCGAGUGCUGAUAUUGUUGAAGAAGAAGAAGAAGACUCUGAGAAAAGACAAAAUAAAGAAAUUAUUAAUGAAAGUGAGGCAGAAGAGAAAGUCGUCGAAAAUGAUAUAAAGGACGGCGAAAUUUCGACUGGAGAAAUGCCAGAAGCAACAGCUACAGCCAGAACCGACUUGGAUAACUCAAAUAAUGAAGAGUUCAUGGAUGCAUUGGAGACCAUUUCGAGUUCCGAUGAGUUCGAGGCAAUUGCCGAUGAAAAACUCAAAGAGCCAGUCCCCGAAAAGGAGAGCAUUAAAGAUGAUCUCGAAGAGAUAUCCUCCGAAGACGAGCAAGCAUCGUUCAAUGAAGAAAUCAAUGCCGAACAAUCAGUCAUUAAUCUAGACACAUCUGAAGAGUGUGUCGAUGCUGAUGAAGGAGCUGAAACACUUGCAGGAGAGCAGGAUAUGGAAAAAGUCAAGGCAAACGCAACAGAUGGGGGAGAAAUGGAGGUGGACGAAAGCGAAGAGAAGAAGGAGAAAGUUCAAAUGACAGGAACGCAAGAGAUGAAAGACAAAAGCAUCGAUGAUAUCUUAAUCGAAGCUUCCGAAACGUGUGAAACCAACUCAAAGGAUGCACAACAAACGGUGGAAGGCAGUCGAAAAGAAAGUGAAGUUCCCACGGAAGCAGCCAACAAAACUGUAGCGACAGAUUCGAAUGGAACUUUAGAUGAGGAAUUGAUGCAGGCAGCAGAGCAAUCGAAGCUAGCGGGUCAGUCGGAGCUUGAAGCUUCAGAGAAAGGCAGCAAAGUAGACGGAAAGGACACGGUCGACUCAGACGAUGAAGUGAUCUUCUUAGAGCCGAUUCAAAAGUCGGCGAAAGUUGAAACCGAUGAGAGCAAGCACAAAGCAACCAUGCCAGAGACUGCCAAAAAGGAAGACGAAGUGGCCAAAGAGGAGGACGAAGUGACCCAAAAGGAGAACGAAGUGGCCCAAAAGGAAGACGAAGUGGUCUUGGUGUCCGAGGAUGAAGAUGAAUCGCUGCCGCCCGCUAAGCCAGCUGAAGAGGCACCCAGCAAAAACGUGGACAGUGCUGCUGCAAGCGAUGGAUCAAAUAUUGCAGACGAUUUAUCAGCGGAUAAUUCCGAUAAUGCCUGCGAUCAGUUCGAAAAGCCCAAAGCGGACGAGAAGACAAAAGGAGACAGCGCUGCCGGCGAGGAUAUGGACAGCAAUUCGAGCAACUUGUUGCAGCCCUCGCAGAAGAGCAGAGAUGCUCCAGCAGCAGCGGCAGCUGUACCUGAGACGGAACCAGAACCUGAAGCCGAGUCCAAUGCAGCUGAUCUUGCCGAAGCCGAUGGACAAAUGGCUGCGACGUCGGAACCUGAGCAUGAGGAGGACUCCUCAGCUUCGCCAGCGAUUAAGCGAAUGCGUCUAAGCAUCGAUGACAAAGCGGAAACGACAACUACUUCGACGAGCAACAAUGAUGAGGAAACAUUGCCGGCAGUCGGCAAACGCAGCCACAUUCUGCUCUCGAAUCUGAGCGCCGCCACGGAGAAGGAGGAAACGCCUAGCAAGAAGCUGAAGACAGAUGACUCUGACUCGAAUAGCUCCAGCGAUGGCACACUCCAAAUCGAUUUGGAUGCACACGACAACACGCAAUCGGAAUCGGAGAUGGGAACAACAGCAGCAGCAGCAACAGCACCAGCGACUGCUGACAAGCCAGUUGUGGAACAGGAGUCGUUAACACUCGAACUGCAGCCAAAGCCGGAGCUGAAAAGUGAGGUGAAACCGUUCCGACUCGAGUUUGUGAAAUGUUUUCGCAAGAGUUUCGAUAAGAUGACGCGUCACGAUCUCGAGGAGCUGGUGCUCCAGAAGGUCGUCGAGAGCAUGCUGGUGAAGAGUGAAUUUGCGGAAAUUCGCCGGCAGGUCGACAGUCAUGAGGCAACGCUGGCCAACUAUCGACGCAAGAUAGCUGAGGUCUCCAAGCAAUAUCUCGAUCUGGAGACGGUGCACAAGCGUGUCCUCAAGGAUCUGGAGACGAAGAAUGCCCAUUUUACGGCGCCGGUGCGCAUUACACGUGCCGUCGGCCUCCAGGUGGGCAUGGCCCUGAUGAAGAAGCCCAGCGACGAGGCGCGCAAUCAUCAUACUGCAGGCAGUAUGCCGGCGCCCGUUGCCACAGCCUCGACUUCAACAUCAACGUCAACAAUGUCGCUGCCGGCCAAGGUGGCGGCACAUCCAAGUACAUCGCCACUGCGUUCAGCUAUGCGUCCGGGACGCCCGGCAGGCAGCAGGCCGCAACAAACCACCGAGCAGCAGCAUUUGCAACAACAGCAGCACCUGCAACACCAACAGCAGCAGCAGCAGCCGGCGCAACUAACACGCUCCUCGCUGCCCUUUGUGCAGUCGAGCAGCAGUGGCAGCAACUCGUUGCCGGUGCGACGCGGCUGCUUGCAGAAGGUGACGCCACAACGGCCCGUCAACAACAACAACAACAACAGUCCGGCAAGCCAACAGCAGUCGCCAGGCAAUCAAUCCAUGCAGCGCAUCCAACCAGUUCCCGGCUCCUCCUCCUCCCAACGCACGCCCAUGUUUGCCAGCAAGCACACCAGCAUCGCCACAACGGCCAUAGCAGCUGCGGCGGCAGCGGUAACGAUGCGAGCACGCGGACCCGCAGCCAAGCCAGGCUCCUACGGCUCCGCCAUGGCACACAAGCAACAACUGCAGCAGCAGCCAUUGCCGGUGCGCAUUGGACGCAGUCCCGGCAAGCAGCAGUCGAACAGUGUCGGCGGCAAGCAACGCUCCAUGCCCAUUGGCGGCGGCACUGUUUCGGUGCCCAUGCUAAAUGCCCAGGACAGCGGUGCUAGUGGCGCCGGCUAUGGUCAGCCCAGUUUGUCGCCCGCCCGGCCCAAAGAAAAGGCUGUCAUCGAUCUGACUGACGAGGAUGAUGCGGCGGCAGCUGCGGCGGCAGCAGCCGCGGAAGCAACUGCACGUCUCCGGCCAGGUUCAAAUGUGUCCGUGAAGCGCAACAUGCAAGCGACGACGCCUGUGGGCGGAGCACGGCCAGUGGCUGGCAGUGUGGUCCGUGUAUCGCCAAUGAAUAUGCCACGUGCCAAUGCCGUCGCCCGGCAGAUUGUCAGCAACAAUGGUCCAGGUCAACGCGGUUCGGUUGGCACAAAUGUGACGAUGCAGAUACGUUCGGAGAAUACGCCGCCGAGUGGAGGGCGCGGUCGAUCCACGCAUCCGGCACCAUUGCCAUUGGCGCCGGCGCAAACGUUUCAUCCGGAUUGGAGGCUGCCGCCAUCGCGACCCGUUAUACGGAUCAGUUUGCAUGACACUGGCAUUGUUAUCUCGUGGACACUGGAGGAUACGGGCAGUCGGUUUGCCGAAUGCGUCACCUAUCAAAUCUAUGCGUACCAGGAGACGAUCAAUGAGCCCAGCACCGACUCCUGGCGUCAUGUGGGCGAUGUGAAGGCCAUGCUGCUGCCGAUGGCCGUAACCCUGAAUCAGUUCCAGGAGAAUCAGCGCUAUUUCUUUGCCGUGCGCGGCGUUGAUGCCCAUGACCGUUAUGGCGUAUUCAGUUUGCCCAAAACGUGGUAAACAAUCGUAUUUGUCCCAGCGUGUUGUGUGUUUGUGUCCUAUUUUAAAAUAAUAUUUUUAGCUAAUUUAUGUACGCAUUUCUGUUAACCCCUCACCCUCGCCCUCGCCCCCAUUUAAAGUAUUUUGUUUGUGGCAUUAAUUCAUCGCCAACAAUAAUUGCAUAAAUACACAUCAAUGCUCGUUCCUUAAGAUAUCUAUAUAUAAA